CGGCCGGAACGGGAUCGGGAUCGGGAUCGGGAUCGGGAUCGGGAUCGGGAUCGGGAUCGGAACCAGCACAGGGAUUGGACCUGAAGAGAAAAUCCAAGAAGGGAGAUUACGUGACAGCAGCAGCACGUCGAUUUUCUUCCAGAGUCUCAUCUUGUGUAAGAGCUGUUGUGUCCUUUCUAGACCUCCAACCACCCAGGCCACUGGUGUUUAACUGAAUCCCUGGCAACAGGGGAUCCAUCUGCAUUCCAAGCAUCCCCAUGAAGAAAAGAACCUUGGUGAACAGGGCAUGGCAACUCCAAGGAAGGCAGAGAUCCCAUUAGAUACCAUGAAGGUGUUAGAUCCACGCCAGUUAAAGCCUGAUAGCACAGAGACAGAAAGAAUCCUGACUGUCUUGGAUGAGACCAUUGUUAAGCUGGAGAUCACCAGGCUGAUCCUACGGAUUAUUGGCUCCCUGGAGAGGUAUGCUAAGAUGCUGGGACCUGAGAUCACAAGCAGCCUUCUGGAGCAUCAGAAGCUUUCAAUGGAAGUAGAGCAGCUGCUCUCCAGCCCUGGAGGUGAGGAGAGCAGGAUAGCUGUGGAGCAACGCCUGAAAUGUUCCCUGAGAAACAUCCUGAGGCUCUUCCUGGCCAACCCCUUGCUUUACCAUGGACUGAAAUACGAAGUUCGGCUGAGGGAGUCUCCAGCUGAUGUGUUUAUCAAAGCCUUUAUGGAGUUCCGGGAUUUCACGCUCGAGAGGCUCCUGACUGGUCCCGAAGAAGAGAAGGAAAAGAUUCGAUUCCUGGAAGACACUUCCCUCCAGGUUGAGAAAAACACAGAAAUGAUCUCAGCUUUACAAGAAGAGCUCGCAGAAGCCAUUCAGACUCGAGAUGAGGAGGUUAAGAGGAAGGACGAAACAAUCGAAAACCUCAAAACCACCAUAGAAAAUCUGGCCAAGGGCUGCAAGGCUGACAUCCAGCAGAUCAUGAUGGAAGGGGAAAAGCAGCAAAAAGAGGAUGAGGAAGCCUCCCACGACAGGUGUGCCAGGCUGAAGCAGGACAUUGAGCGGCUGAGAGCACACUACAAUGCACUGGUGCUGAAGCAUCGAGCCUCAGAGAUGGUUCUCAGGAAGGAAAAGUGCAAAACAGAGAGGGAAAUUCAGAAAUGGGUCCAGAAAUACGACACAGACAUGUCAGAAAAACAGGCUGCCUUUGAGGAGCUGCAGGCUGCCUACAAGCAGGAGAAGGAGCAGCUGGCCGUGCUGAUGGAGAAGCACGCGCUGCUGCUGCAGGAGUACACCGAGAUCGAGGAGGAGCGCAGGGUGCUGAAGGAGAAGGAGGAGGAAGCUGCACGGCUGGAGGCCAGGAGGAACGAGGCUGCCACCUGCAUCCAGGCCUUCUGGAGAGGCUACUUGGUGCGCUCCGUCUACAAGUCAAAACUGAAGAAGGCCAAGGGCAAGGGCAAAGGCAAGGGCAAGAAAUAAAGCCCCAAAUCCCUCUUCUCUGCCUGGGAAAGCUGCUGUGUCUGAGCUCUUCCAGAUAAAAGCAUUGAAUUGUUAAGGUUCAAAAAGACUUUUAAGAUCAUCAAGCCAAGCCAGUACUACCGUGUUCACCACUAACUCAUAUCCUCAAGUGCCACAUCUACACGUUUUAUGAAUGCUUCCAGGGAUGGUGACUCUACCACUUCCCUUGGCAGUGUGUCCCAGGACUUGA